AUGUCUUUAUUCUCACUCUGGCAGCAGUUCUUUCCACCUGCGCCUUCGUUCACCGAGAAAGAUGUCGUUCCAGGCAGUCAGGUUGGAAAGGUCUUCAUUGUCACUGGUGCCAACGCAGGCAUCGGCUUUUCACUGGUGAAGCUCUUGUAUCCCACCGGUGCUACAAUCUAG